AGUUCUUCCUUUCUCUUCUUGUAACAAAAAUGGAGACUGAUCUUCGCACGGAUUCUGCAGACUACAAAACUGAGCUUCUAUCACCUGCUGCAACCCCUGCAGGGCAGGGUGUUGUUGCAACGCCAGCAUGGGAACUCAACAUGGAUGGGGUUCAGUUGCCAGAAAAGCACACAUAUUCUGAUUUUGGUUUUGGAUAUUUUUUCAAGACAAUAAAAUCACGGACUGGUGGGAAGCCGAAGGUUGGAAUAAACGGUUUUGGUCGGAAUGGAAGGUUGGUAUUGCGAAUUGCAUCCUCCAGAAAUGAUAUUGACGUGGUGGCAGUCAAUGACCCUUUUAUUGAUGCCAAGUACAUGGCUUACAUGUUGAAGUAUGAUUCUACUCAUGGAAUUUUCAAGGGAACCAUCAAGGUCUUGGACGAGUCUACUCUGGAAAUUAGUGGGAAUCAGAUUAAGGUUCUAAGCAAAAGGGACCCAGCGGAGAUUCCUUGGGGUGAUUUUGGGGUCGAGUAUGUUGUUGAAUCCUCUGGGGUUUUCACAACAAUUGAGAAGGCUUCAGCGCAUAAGAAGGGUGGUGCCAAGAAAGUAGUAAUAUCAGCUCCAUCAGCUGAUGCACCUAUGUUUGUGGUAGGAGUAAAUGAGAAAACAUACAACACGAACAUGGAUAUCGUUUCCAAUGCAAGCUGCACUACCAAUUGUCUCGCUCCUUUGGCAAAGGUGGUUCAUGAGGAGUUCGGUAUUUUAGAGGGUUUAAUGACAACUGUGCAUGCGACUACAGCAACUCAAAAAACAGUGGAUGGUCCUUCAAUGAAGGAUUGGCGAGGUGGUCGUGGAGCUGGACAAAAUAUUAUUCCUAGUUCAACUGGUGCUGCAAAGGCUGUUGGAAAAGUUCUUCCAGAGCUUAAUGGAAAGCUUACUGGAAUGGCCUUCCGUGUCCCUACACCUAAUGUUUCUGUAGUGGACUUAACUUGUCGACUUGAGAAAAGUGCCUCCUAUGAAGAUGUUAAGGCAGCCAUCAAGUAUGCCUCGGGGCCACUGAAAGGCAUUCUUGGAUACGAAGAUGAGGAUGUUGUUUCCAAUGAUUUUGUUGGCGACUCAAGGUAGACCUGUGUGUGUGUGUGUGUGUGUGUGUGUGUGUGUGUGUGUGUGUGUGUGUGUGAGAGAGAGAGAGAGAGAGAGAGAGAGAGAGAAUGUUUUAUAGUCUUUUGACUUUGUACGGUGGUGAAAACUAUUGGGAAUUUGAAGUGUUGAGUCUUAUUGUUUGUAUUCUUGUCUGGAAAUAACAUAUAAAUAUUAAA